GCUAUGAUUGGACGCGUGACUUUGACCUGUCAGGUGAACGACCGCGCGCCCGCGUGCCUAACGGUCCCGGGGGUUAAAAGCGUCGGGGGCCGCUCGUAAGCUUUGGAGCGGUGAAAGCGCCACUCGGUGAAGUUUUCGGACACGUCUGACCUGGGAAAUGAAAAUGAUGGCCGCGCGGUUUGCGCUGUGCGUGCGCGUCGCGCGAGCGGCCAGAGCGAGCUCCACGCGCGUUUUGGGACUGGGACUCGCGCGCAGCCUCAGCAGUGACUCAGAUUUUUCCGGCGUCGGAGAACGGACUCUGGUAGCCGUGAAGCCCGACGGCGUUCAGAGGCGUCUGAUCGGCGAGAUCAUAAAGCGCUUCGAGCAGCGAGGAUUCCGAUUGGUCGGCCUGAAGAUGCUGCAGGCUUCUGACAAGCUUUUAGCUCAGCAUUACGUCUCACUGCAGAGGAAACCCUUCUACUCCAGCCUGCUCUACUACAUGACCUCAGGCCCCAUAGUCGCCAUGGUGUGGGAGGGGCAUAAUGUAGUGAGGUCAUCACGUAAACUGGUGGGAGACACGGACCCCGCCGAAGCCGCUCCGGGAACUAUUAGAGGAGACUUCAGCGUUCACAUCAGCAGAAAUGUCAUCCACGCAUCCGAUUCAGUGGAGGGGGCGGAGCGGGAGAUCUCCCUCUGGUUUCAUCGCUCGGAGCUCAUCGACUGGGAGGGAUGCGAUCACAAAAACGUUUAUCACAUGUGAGUGUCGGUUUGAGACGUCUGUGCGUUGAACGGACUCUGCUCAAUUUCCGUAAUAGCAGAGGAUGCUAAUUACAUGCAGUUUUUGGACCGCGAAUGAGAUGUUGUCAUUUUAAAACGAUCCGAUGUAAAUAGAUUGAAAUGUUCUAUUUUAUUAGAAAUAUUUAAGAAAUGCAAAGACCUUUUGGAGAAAAUGUUUACAAAAGGUGCCCUUGAAUAAUAGACUUUUAAUUUAGCUUUCGACGCACAAGUCUUAAUGGUUCCUAAUUGUUCCUUAAAAGCUAUUUUUGUUUUAUUUCUACGGUGCUGAUCAAUAUAACGAACUAAACGAUGUACUUUAAUACUGUCUCUUUUAAUACUAAUAAAAAAAAAUAAACAUUUUUAUCAGAUGCUUGUCAUCCAAACCCAGUCCCUUCACUCGGGAAAAUGCAUUAAAUAUGCAGUAAAUAAUUAAUAAUAAUAUUGUUAAUUUAAUUAAACGUGACAAAGGUGCAUCAAAUAAAUGUCUGCUGCAACACAAA